AUGACAACCGCACCGCAUAUGCCGACCAAGGCACACAGCGCCGAAGAUGUGCACCCACGCCCAAAGGGAAGGUCUUUUCUCCACGCGCUAGGUAUCCUCAAGAACACCAAGUCCUACACGACCGCGCCUCCCGCUGGUGCAGCCAACGAGUCCAUUCCGGUGCCCACCAUCGCCGAACCAUCCGACACCAAGGAACUCACACUCCAAAACACCCUGCAAAACGCAGGCCGGCGUCGGUCCUCUUCGACGACACGGCCCGGCUCAGGUUCUCGCCGACAAUCCGUCCAAAGUGCCCAAGACGAAAACGAGCCUCGCCUCAAGUGGGACGAGGCCAACUUGUACCUGGCUGAGCAGGAUCGUACCGCGAAAAUGAAGAUCGACGAACCCAAGACUCCAUACGCCCCGCACUAUGAUCCCGCCGAGGACGACGAGGAGAUGCGGUUGGAAGAGGCCAAGGAAAGCUUGAUUGAUGCUCAGGAAAUCGUUGUUGACGAGCUCGACAACCCUUCCAAGAGCACCAACCACCCCAAAAAGGGCGUCUCCGAGGAUGACAUUCCCGGCCUGGAGCUCGGUGAAGCUGAUUCUUACCACGGCCCCGCGGACGCUACAUCGGACCCUCGCAUCUACCGUGACCGAAGCUUGAGCAUGGACUCACACAAGAGCGACAAGCAUGUUGUCGUUGGUGACGAGGUCAAUGGUGAUGGCCUCGUUACCUCGGAUGAGGCAAAGGAGAAGCACCGCCAGUUUGAGGAGCACCGGAAGAAGCACUACGAGAUGAGAAACAUCAAAGAACUGCUUGCGCACCCCGAGGAGCUGGACGAAAUGGAAGAGGACGACGAAGAGGCUGGUCCCCCACCACCUAUGCCUCAGAUCCCUGAUCGCUUCCGUAAUGCCCAAUAG